AGUAUUUUGCUUCCAUUCCUGCUUUACUUCUUUACUCUUCAGUUCUGCAUGCUGUCUGUCUCACUUUUCUUACAACACAAGUGUCUUCUUUCUGACAGCUGAUCAGCUUACAGACUGCAGCAGGAAAAAUGGUGUUAAUGUGGAUUUCUACAGCAUUCGCAGGAGUCAUAUUCCUUUUAAUUUCUCAGAAGCUCUUUAUUCCAUACUUAUGGUAUGACAUCUACUGGUUCUUAAAGAUAAGAAGUAUACGAAAGCAGCUACUGAUCAAGGCAAAGAAGGGAACCAGUACCCUUAUACAGUAUUUUCUGAACCAAGCAAAAGUUAUUCCCAACAAGCCCUUCAUAAUAUUUGAGGGAAAGGUAUAUACCUAUGGAGAUAUGGACAGGAGAAGUAACAAGAUUGCUCAUGUGUUUCUAAAGCAUGAAAAUUUAAAGAAAGGCGACACUGUGGCCAUCAUGAUGAGCAAUGAACCUGAAUUCAUUUGCAUGUGGCUUGGUCUUAGCAAGCUUGGCUGCAUUGUGGCUUUCAUCAACUCUAACAUCAGGUCCAAGUCACUUUUGCACUGUAUCAACACAUGUGAGGCUAAAAUGAUGGUAGUAGGAGCAGAUAUUGCAGGUUCAAUAGAAGACAUUUAUCCUGAGCUGAUGCAGAAAAGUAUUCCACUAUGGACUGCAGACAAAUCUUCACAUUUUAAAGGGCCUCACACAUUAGCAGAUAAGUUAGAAAGUGCUUCAGAUGCUCCCUUACCUUCACAUUUACAUUCUGCAUCAAAUGUCUUGGAAACGUGCCUCUACCUGUUCACCUCAGGAACUACAGGCUUUCCAAAAGCUGCAAUUGUAACCCAUUUGAAGAUACUCAGGAGUAUGUCUACCUUUCACAUUACUGGUAUACAACCGUCAGAUAUAAUUUAUAUUACCACCCCAUUAUACCACAUGACCGCUUCUCUUCUGGGGAUUGGAGGAACCAUUUUCUUAGGUGCAACAGCUGUUUUAAAAAAGAAAUUCUCAGCCAGUCAGUUCUGGAGUGACUGCAAGAAACACAGAAUAACAGUAUUCCUGUACAUUGGAGAGAUAUGUCGGUAUCUGUGCAACCAGCCAAAAAGGGAAGAAGAAAAAGGACACAGCCUGCGUUUUGCUCUAGGAACUGGAAUACGACCAGAAGUGUGGAAAACUUUCAUUGAACGUUUCCAUCCAGUCAAAGUGUUGGAAAUGUAUGGUUCAACUGAAGGAAACAUAAGCUUUUUCAACUUCACAAGUAAAAUUGGUCCUGUUGGACGUGGUGGAUUUUUUGCCAAGCUUUUGGGAUCUUAUGCAUUAAUACAGUAUGACACACAAACUCAAGAAGCCAUCAGGGAUAAAAAUGGCCACUGUAUAAAGGCAAAGAGAGGUGAACCUGGCCUUCUCAUAUCUCCAAACACUAAACAGGCUCCAUUCGUUGGAUAUGCUGGAAACAAGGAGCUAUCUGAAAGUAAAUUACUAAGAAAUGUAUUUGUAAAUGGAGAUGAAUAUUUCAGUACUGGAGACAUGAUGAUACUUGACAAUGAUGAUUUUGUGUACUUUGCUGACAGAGUUGGAGAUACUUUCAGAUGGAAAGGUGAAAAUGUUGCUACAACUGAAGUUGCUAGCCUUAUCAGUACGUUAGAUUAUAUACAAGAAGCCAAUGUGUAUGGAGUGACUGUACCAGAAAAUGAAGGCCGAGCAGGCAUGGCUGCACUCAGACUUAAACCUGGAUGUGUUCUUGACAGAAAAGAUAUGUAUAAGCAUGUUGUAACUAAUCUACCAUCAUAUGCUCGCCCUCUGUUUCUGAGGAUCCAGGAUAACAUCAAUGUCACUUCAACUUACAAGUAUCUCAAAACACAAAUGGUGAAAGAUGGCUUUAACCCUGCAAUUGUUUCAGACCCUCUCUAUAUCCUUGACAACAAUGAGGAAUCUUAUGUACCAUUAACCAAGUCUAUUUAUGAGAGCAUUCUGUCUUGUAAAAUAAAGUUAUAAGAACACGUAGAGAUACAGUAUGUCAAAAAAUGACACAUAGUUUUAAAAAGCAAUGUGCUAUCUAUAUGUAAAACUAACACAUGGAUUUUAAAAAUAAAAUACUGUAAGUUAUGUAUUAAUUUUGUGGCUGUAUGAAUUACUCUGAAUGCACACAUAUGAGAGACGAUUAGAAUAAUUAUUUUUUUAUUAUAGUUUAACUAAAAGCAGUUCCUUCAUUAUUCCAAGGGACUUGCAUUUGUUUUUCUCUGCUUAUGGCAUGAGCAUUAUCACUGAAUGGAAAUUUUAAUUCACUGUAUACAUUGUACUCUAGGACUGUCUAAUUUAAUAAAAACUGUAAAGUGUA